CAGGAGGAGCAGCGAGAGCAGCAGCAGCCGGGGGCUUCAUGUAAACACGCCGCGCUCAGGGCUUUGUUUCUCACACACACACACACACACACACACACACACACACUCCGCUGGUAUCCCCCAUCUAGUCAUGCCAUGGAUAUUUUGUGGCAAUACCAGUUCAGAAUCAUCUUACUCGGGGACUCCACGGUGGGGAAGUCGUCGUUGCUGAAACGCUUCACGGACGGAAUUUACAGCGAUGUAGCGGAUCCGACGGUCGGGGUGGAUUUUUAUGCGCGCUCGCUUGAUAUCGAGCCCGGGGUGAAAAUCAAGCUUCAGCUGUGGGACACGGCUGGACAGGAACGAUUCAGGUCCAUCACAACAUCUUACUAUCGCAACUCUGUCGGCGGGCUACUAGUCUUCGACCUCACCAAUCGCAAGACCUUUGACCAUGUGAGGGAGUGGCACAAGGAAGUGAGUGAGCACAUUCUGCCUCACCACAUGGUCUACAUCCUCAUAGGCCACAAAAGCGAUCUCAACAAGGACCGCAAGGUGAGCCGGGACGAGGCGGAGCAGCUGGCUGCCGAGCUGGGCAUCCGCUACGUGGAGACGUCAGCCAAGUGCAACAGCAACGUGGAUCGGGCCUUCGAGCUGCUGACCAGAGACAUCUACGAGCUGAUGAAGAUGGGCGAGAUUGUCACCCGAGACGGCUGGGACGGUGUGAAGAGCGGCCUCACCGCCAAGGUCCUCUACCCGGCAGAGGACGAAGAGGAACUAGCUACCGCAACCGCUGAGAAGGGCUGCCACUGCUGACUGAGAACUCUGUGCGCCCAAACACUGUCUUGUCUCACCAAGAGCUCACCUCGUCUCACAGCUGUCCAUCGAAACCAAGUCACUCAGGGCUCAGCACCCUGUGAUUUCACCAUCCAUCACUUCCUCACCUUGUGCUUCGUGCCCUCUCUGUGUGCGGGUUCCUCUGAUAUCUGGGAUUCUUUUCAAACAUGGGGCGAAUGUAUAUCCCAAUGUGUACCUUAUAAGUGAGUUGUAUCUCUAAAUUCAAGUGGUGUAGCAUGAGUCAACGUGUACUGGGCCCUGUUAAGUUCAGAUAACACAGAAAGCGUGCAGAGGUGAUCAGGUCUUGGAGUGUAGCGUGAAGCCACAGUGGGGUGUUAAAGGACUACUGAGCACACUAAAGGUGCAGGUAAAUCCAUGAACUAUGACCCCCUGUAGCCUGGCAACUGUUGUUGGUUUCUACCUGUCAUAGUUUGUGCGAUGCUUUGCCUGAAAUCUUUUGUCACUGCAACAUUGUAAAUAAUAGUGAAAUCUAUAUAGAUUUAAGCUGAAAGGUCACUGAAAGCUAUUUAAUUCAUAGUGUGAACAGACACAGUACACUCUACAGUGUCAUCAUAUUAAAUCAUUGUGCUCCUCCUGCUUCUGUAAGCUGUAUGUGCACUAACGCCAAACUGACUUAAAACUUCGAUCAUCUUGUGAAUAGAUGAGUAAUGUUUUUGUAAAAAAAAUAAUAAUCAAAUAAAAAUAUUUUUAGUUUAGGUGUUUAGGCCACUGUAAUUAGGGAACGUGGUCCCAUUUAGGUAUUUGUAUCGUAGCAUUAACAGAAGCAAGACAUCAAGGGCCACAGCUCUCAGUCAUCAGGCCAUCGAAGACUUCGUCAGCAGUAGAAAAGCUCUUUUUGAUUUUUACCUGCAGCUGUUUGUGUCUGUGGCAAACAGCUGUUUUCAUCUAUUCAAAGCCCAACACACUAAUAUAAUAUUACAUUUAGCCCUUAACAUGAUGGAUGCCAUCACAUUUUCCAUUGCCUUGGAUAUAUAAUAAAAGCUGCUUGGGUGUAGACGUAAUGGUGUGUUUCAGUCGGGAAGAAAGUCAGGCCUCCAAGUAGAAAAAAGAUUUGUCAGCCCUGAAGAUGCCACGGACAUGGCUGCAUACACUGCAAAAGCUAAUUAACAUUUGUUUUAAUUUGUUUCUUACGGUCCUCCAAGCAGCAGAUCAGGUAACAUGCCUUUAAACAGCAGCACCCUGGACUGGGCUUUGGAGCUUUGCUGCAUGUCAUGGCCCCCCUCACGAAUACAGUAAAUCCUGUCACCAGUUUCCUGCCUGACACAGUUCUUAAGUAGAUAUUUGAAGGACUUUAAAGGAUUUGUCCAAUGGUUUGGGAACAGUGUGUGAGAUCAAUAUAUAUAUAUUGUGAACUAUAUAUACAGUGCUGGAUGCAGAAGGCAUUCAGCCCAGGUUGGCAUUAAUACUGAAGGCAGCCGCAUGGUUCAAAAAUACGCCAGCCAGGCAGCACAUUGACAGCUUCAGAGUCCAAGGUUCCAUUUUAGGCUCAUUUUCAGGUUCAUACUUUAUUUUAGCCAUCAUGCUUUAAUGAGCCUAUUAAAGCAUGUGUUUUUUCACACAGUGUCCAUUGCUGCAGCAUCAGUCACACCUGCUUUAUAAUCAAAACAGACAUGGAAAUUUAAAUUUCUACAAUAUGGGACCUUUUACAGAUUUUAUCUUGUGUGUUUCAUUUUUACAAGAACAGACAUCCUAAAAAACAACAUAUGGUUUCAGUGGGAGUUGCGUGUUGUCAGUAUUUAUUGAUAAAGACGAGCCAGCUUCUCGGUGUCUCCUCAGUGAUUCGCGAGGUUGCUCUAGCUGUAUCCCACCAUUUCACAACCGGUGUCAAUAUUUUCUUCCAGCUCUCAGUUCUCAUCCAGCUCUCAUUAAGAAAGCAAAGCGCAUCUCCCAAAUCGUUGAACUAUGUCCUUAAAACUACUGAAAUUGAAUUUCAAGGCCAGGAUUUUGUACCAACCUUCAUAUGAAAUUCCAGUUUAACGCUGGACUUAAAGUUGCUGAAAUUCUUUGUUAACUAAGUGGGAUUGACAUAACUCAAGCCUCCACAUGGGUGAGAGUAUUUUGGAUUUACAUUCUUGUGACAUUAAUCAUACUAGGGUUAGGGUUAGUAAUGUAAUGGAGUAAUGGAGCCUGUCACGAUCAGCCUGCUGUGUCUGAGCUGCAUUUAUGACGAAUGCAUGUUCAGCUUUAUGACACAGCGGUGACUACCUUUGACGCAGAGGAUCAGAAACUUACAAGUCAUAGCUUAUAACAUAUAAGAGGCUUUUUUGAGCGCGGACUCUAUUAAUCUGUUGUUUGCAGACUACGUUACACUUUGCACCCCCACUCCUACUGUUUGUUCACCCUCCACCAGCAUCUCACCCAGUAAUAAUAAUAAUCUGUUCACACACACACACACUGUAAAGCAGCACAGGGUUAUGCAUUAUACAGUUUUUACUUCACUUUCAUGUGACCAAAACUUAUAUUUACUUUGAGCUGAUAAUGGCUGUAAGGGUGAUCCGGUAGAUAUACUGUACUGUAUGUGUUGCAGCUUAGUAUUUGUAAGGAAUGUAUUCUAAUACAUUUGCACCAUCCCUUUAUUUUUACUCAUGUAUACAGAUUCAAAUGGUAUGCUUCCUGUUGUAGCCAGGUUAAAAUACAGUGUACAACAGUUCAUACACUGUAUGUUUUUUUUUUUUUUUUGACAAUCAUAUUGUGAACAUAUUGUGUUCUUGGCGCAGAUGAAGACUUCAUCACAGGGGUGCUAUGCCUUUAAAUCAAGCUAAAUGUCCAUGCUACACACAUAAUCACCAUCUGACAACCAGUCUGACUGUGUUUAAUACAACAACCUUGCUCACUCUUGUCUCUCAUCUGAACAGGGUUCAAUUGUGUGAUGUCGUUUGAAUUGGUAUGUUAUUACUGUGCUGUCUGUGAGCAUGAUUCCCAUUCCUGAGCACAGCACAUGAGAAGGGGCCCAUUGCACUCCGUGGUGUGAAGAUGGCAGCCUCAGAGCUUUGGAAAGCAAAGAUUUAAUAUAAAGGACAAGACUGGAAAGACACAGAGGGGAAACGGAUUUCUGAAAUACUGACUCUGGGAAGAAAUAAGCUUACAUGUACUUCUCAUCAACCAUUAGGCUACUUAAUGCUUCUUUAUCCACCGAUGUUACAUAGUUAAAAAAAAAAAAAAUAGAAAAUUCUAAGAUUUACAAUAGUGUUUUUAAUCUUACAGCCUGCAAUCUUACAAACAGUGACCAUCCUGUGUAAUCAUGAUGAUAAUGAUGGAGGCUAGUCUUCAGUACAAUUCCAACCUCUCUUACUGCAUCUUAAGUACACAUUUUACUUUAUGACUGAGAAUUAGAUAAAAAAGAUAAGUAGACAAUGAGAGGCUUCAGCGUAAAGACUGGAAGCAGAAGUAACAGUAAGUCUGACUGUAAACAUUUUAAAAUAUGCCUGAGAACAUCUUGUAUCUUCUUUGUGUAAAAAAAAAAAAAAAAA